AUGGCAAAUCGGAGUGGAACAGCUCAGCGCCCCACAGGUGCUUUUCAAGGUAAAGUUCACCAGUUUAAACUUGUCCUAUUGGGAGAAUCUGCUGUAGGAAAAUCAAGUCUUGUUCUUAGGUUUGUCAAAGGACAAUUUCACGAAUUUCAAGAAAGCACUAUAGGAGCUGCCUUUUUGACUCAAACAAUUUGUGAUGAUGAUUUAACGGUCAAAUUUGAAAUUUGGGAUACUGCUGGUCAGGAAAGAUAUCACAGUUUAGCUCCCAUGUAUUAUAGAGGAGCACAAGCUGCUAUUGUUGUUUACGAUAUUCAAAAUAUGGAUACUUUUGGCAAAGCCAAAUCGUGGGUUAAAGAACUACAAAGGCAUGCUUCACCAAAUAUUGUUAUAGCCUUAGCAGGAAACAAAGCCGACCUUUCCGAUAAAAGAAUGGUCGAAACUGAUGAGGCACAAGCUUAUGCCCAAGAUCAUGGACUCCUUUUUAUGGAAACUUCAGCCAAGACAGCCAUGAACGUCAAUGAAAUAUUUUUGGCGAUUGCGAAAAAAUUGCCAAAGAACGAACAAGCCGGAGGUGCCGGAACGAGCGGUCAGGGAAGAAGAUUAGUCGAAGGUGGUGACGGACAAAAAGCUGCCGGUAACUGUUGCAAGUGA